AUGCGCUUGAGAUUCCGGUCGGGUCGCGGGAUUGAUGCACUGAGCCGAUCCCAAAUCGCCCUCGAGGUACUUUUGUUUGUCGCUCUUUCAUGGCACGUUGUCCACGCAGCACAGGAUUCCCCCGCGCCGCUGGCAGUUCCAUCCGGUUCCGACUGGGUCGCUAUCCGCGUCGGCUCCCCUCCGCAAUGGAUCAACGUCUUUCCCAACACCGGGAGCUCCGAGACUUGGGUGAUUGGACGCGAUGGAUGCGACUCUACUAUGGAAUGUCGUACGGCGCGGGGGGGUUUCUUUCUAUCGAAUGAGUCGAGCACAUGGAAUGGAAUCGGUUUCUACGAACUCGGCAACGACCUUCAAUUGGACCACAGCGGCGUUGGGAAUUAUGGCUUUGACAAUAUAUCCCUAGACGACAGGACAGUGCUGGCUGAUCAGAUCGUGAGCAUGGUCAACACCACUGACUGGUGGGUUGGAUCUCUCGGACUGGGGAUCAAAAAAACUACCUUCACCAGCGAAGAUAAACUAUCAUUUCUCAAGCUACAAGGCGUCCGGUCCUCUCUCACUCUUGGAGGUGUCGAUAGAAAUCGAUUCGUUGAAAAUACCGUUUCUUUCGUCCUAUCACCAGACGACCUUCCAAUGGUUGCGGUCAAAUCGAUAAAAGUAUCAUCCAACGUUGAAUCAUCUGGAUCAGAUAUUGUCGACCUUCAUACCCUAAAUCGACUGGAGCGCUAUACGAUUGAUUCGUCUUCUCCUUUCUUUUGGUUUCCGGAAUACAUCUGUGACGCCUUCGCAAAGGAAUUGGAUUUGGAAUACGACGAUGCACUCCAACUCUAUACAUAUGGAACAAACUCAACGACUUACGACAACGUAAUGAAUGCGAAUAUGUCAUUCACAUUUACCUUGUCUGACAUCCCAGAUUCCGGAAAUUCGAUCGAUAUUACUUUGCCAUUCUGUGCCUUUGACCAUCAACUCUCCUAUCCCUUCCCUAACCUUGACGCCAACGCUAGCUCGCAGGGUCUUCACUAUUUUCCCAUGCGGAGAACUUCCGACCCAAAACAGUUUACUAUAGGGAGAACAUUCCUCCAGGAAGCGUAUCUAGCGGUGGACUAUGAACGACAUAACUUUUCAAUCUCUCAAGCCAGGUUCCCUUCGGAUGGUGGUAUUAGCAGAGACUUGGUUGAAAUAUCUCGCCCGACAGAAAGCUCUUACAAAGGCCCUUCUAAACCGCAGAACUCUCUAUCUACGAGCGCUCUAAUUGGAAUUGGCGUGGGAGUUGGCGUCUUUGUUGUUAUCGCAACGUGCAUCGGGAUCACUGUUUGUCUUCGCAAAAAAGGCCGUAAACCUAAACUGCUUCCGGAGCCACUCCAAGAAAAGGCCAAAAUGAAAUGGCAAAGGCGGCGAUACUGGCCAUUUAGCUGCUCAAGAAUCUCUUCUACGCCUUCUGAACUAUCCAGUGAAGCUCAUUUUGUUGUUGAAGCUCCAGCAAACCCUGCAGCCACUCGAUAUGAGCUUGAGGGAUCGAAUCAACCUGUUGAAUUGGAAGCCUCGGAAGUGAUCAACACUUUUUAUAGUGUAAGCGGGAAAAGGCGGGAUGUUGCUAUUCCUCCUCCUGUUUAUCGGAAUGAAGUAGACGACAAGGACACAAGUGAGCCAGCAACACCACAGGGCCCUCCGCAAUCCGGUGCAGGGCCUCCUGUGUAUAUCCUGACUAGCAUACCGUUAGAUGCUAGUCAUAGCGAACCGAUUUUGGUCAGCCCACUGGCGCCAUCUAUGACCGUCAACGGAAGCCUUAGCACUAGCGGCCCUUCUCCGUUGACCCCAAAUCGUUCGUUCAACGGCUCUUUCCUUGGGAACGGCUCACUAUCGAUACGCCAACCAGGUGACUCGUAUUCAAGCCAAGUAACUGCUUCUGGCGUUGGGACGGGCGGAUCGACAUUGGAGACUGGGCCCGACGGGCCUUCCCACCCCGUGGACGGGCAACCGCCGCGUGUAAUAAGGAGGAAGUUUAGUUGGGAAGAGUGA